CUGGUCGCAAAAGAUGGCAUCCUCUGCCUCCGCUCGGACUCCGGCGGGGAAGCGGGUGGUGAAUCAAGAAGAGCUGAGGCGCUUGAUGAAGGAGAAGCAGCGCCUGAGCACCAACCGGAAGAGGAUCGAGUCCCCGUUCGCGAAGUACAACCGCUUGGGACAGCUUAGCUGUGCGCUUUGUAACGUCCAGGUCAAGAACGAGCUCCUGUGGCAGACCCAUGUUCUGGGAAAGCAGCAUCGCGAGAAAGUGGCGGACCUGAAAGGCGCCAAGGGCGCCCAGGGUCCGUCGGCCGGCGCCGCGCCUCAGCCGGCCAAGAGGGGAGCGCCGGACGCGGAAACCCCAGACGCCAAGAGAGCCAAGGCCUCCGCGGGGCCUCAGGUACAGCCCUGCGCGGCCGCCAGCUCGGCUAAGACGGGAAAGGAGACCGCGAGGGCGAGCGCCAGCAGACCUGCGGGACUCGGUUUACUCCCUGACUAUGAAGAUGAGGAGGAAGAGGAAGAGGAGGGAGGCGCGGAAGGAAGAAGGGACAACAGCAAGCAGCCUCCCGACGCUCAGGGCAAGGAACACUCGCUUUCCUCUUCGAGGGAGGCAACGAGUACUGUGCUGCGGAGCGAUCCCUUUAAUACAAACCCUCCCAAAGCCCCUCUAGUUCCUCAUUCAGGGUCCAUUGAGAAAGCGGAAAUACAGGAGAAAGUGGUGGAAAGGAGAGAAAAUACCGCCGAAGCAUUACCAGAAGGGUUUUUCGACGACCCUGAAGUAGACGCCAAGGUCCGCAAGGUUGAUGCCCCAAAGGAUCAGAUGGACAAAGAGUGGGACGAGUUUCAGAAGGCCAUGAGGCAGGUCAACACCAUUUCCGAAGCUAUAGUUGCCGAGGAAGAUGAGGAGGGUCGGUUGGACCGGCAGAUUGGGGAGAUUGAUGAGCAAAUAGAGUGUUACCGGCGCGUGGAAAAGCUACGGAAUCGCCAGGAUGAGAUAAAAAACAAACUCAAAGAGGUUCUGACCAUCAAAGAACUGCAGAAAAAGGAAGAGGAGAAUGUUGACAGCGACGAUGAGGGAGAAUUACAGGAUUUGUUGUCACAGGAUUGGCGGGUGAAAGGGGCUUUGUUGUAAGAUUUCGAAGAUCCA